UGUAAAUUUUUCUUCCUCAUCGCGAUAGCUGAUUAUAUCAAGAUGUUCAUUCUCAAACUCUCUCUCUUCGCUUUGGCUGCCGUGACGACACUUGCAGCAGACGGCCUAAACAUACGAGCCAAAGCAGCUGGCAAGCUCUACUUUGGUAGUGCGACAGACAAUGGCGAGCUAAAUGACGUUCCUUAUACUAAAACGCUCAGUAAUACUUCGGACUUUGGACAGAUCACCCCUGGCAACUCUAUGAAAUGGGAUGCAACUGAGAAGUCUCGCAAUGUCUUCAGCUAUGCGAAUGGUGACUCGAUUGUCUCUCUCGCAGCAGGUAACGGUCAGCUUCUGCGCUGUCAUACACUUGUCUGGCACUCCCAGCUUCCCAGCUGGAUUUCAUCCGGAGACUUCGACAACGCUACCCUCGUAAGCAUCAUGCGGAACCACGUCACGAAUCUGGUCACACAUUGGAAGGGCAAGUGCUACGCAUGGGACGUCGUCAAUGAAGCACUUAAUGAGGACGGCACAUAUCGUACCUCUGUAUUCUACAAUACCAUCGGCCCAGCGUUCAUCCCGAUUGCCUUCGCAGCUGCCGCUGCCGCCGACCCCUCUGCGAAACUAUACUACAACGACUACAACCUCGAGUCCGCAGGUGCAAAGUCCAAAGCAGCAGCAAACAUCGUGAAGCAGGUUCAAUCAUACGGCGCCAAGAUUGACGGCGUUGGCGCUCAAGCACACCUUAUCGUCGGCAGUGUCGGAUCAGCUUCCUCCCUGCAAUCCAAUAUCCAGAGUUUUACAAGCCUCGGCGUCGAAUUUGCAUACACUGAGCUCGACAUUCGUUCUACAACACCCAUGUCAGACUCCACAAAGGCGCAACAAGCUUCCGACUAUGCCGCUGUCACCACCGCGUGCAAGAACGUUGCAAAAUGCGUCGGCAUCACAAUCUGGGACUAUACAGACAAGUACAGUUGGAUUCCCUCUGUCUUUGCAGGGCAAGGUGAAGCUCUCCCAUGGGAUCUCAACUUUGUGAAAAAGGCGGCUUAUACUGCAAUACUGAAUGCGUGGGGCACAGCGCCAAGUGGAGGAUCGAGUCCUACUGUCGUGGUCCCAUCUAAUACAAAGACAAGCGCCAUUGGAAGUCCAACUGCAAUAGCGGCGCGGUAUGCACAAUGUGGUGGUAGUGGGUAUACUGGACCGACACAGUGUGCAAUUCCUUGGACAUGUAUACAGCAGAAUGAGUGGUUUUACCAGUGUUUAUGAGACCGACGUUUCGGGAUAUUAGCUUGAAUAUUUCUCUCCGAUCUGGCCAUACUAGCUUUUGUUCGGAUGGCUAUCGCAAAUAUAACAUCCUCAAGGAGGAGA